CUUUCCCCAUUGGUCACUUCCUCCAAAGUUCUGAUAUAAGGACUGUCCAUGGAGCUCAAUUGUUCAAAUCUCUUGAGAGUUGGGGUCCCAGAUUCCCAAGAAGGAUUUUUGGAGAAGCCUUAGAUAGAAAAGGACACAGGUUGUGCUCCAGGGAUUGAGAAGAGAUGAAGUUCUGUCUGAUCCUCUCAUUCGUCCUGUUAAGGACAGCCUCCUCCUUUCAUUUGAAGAAUAAGGCUUUCGAGAUAGAAGAAGAAAAGACACUGAAUCAAGAACAAGAGAUACCAGAUAAAGAGGAGAUCCUGGCCUCUGGAGAAGAUGACGCCCGACAUGAGGAAAAAGAGGCCACAGACUUAGUCCCAGUCCCAGCUACUAAGGAAAAUGAUAAUAUGUCUCUCAAGGAAGGGAACAUUGAUAAUUUGACAGGCUCUCCCAGGUGCCGUAAUUCCCGCUUUAAGCUAAUCAGAGAACCAGCGUCCUUUAAGAAAGCUCAAAAAAUCUGCCAGAGAACCUGUAGUAGCUCACUGGUUUCCAUCCACAACUUGACCUUCAAUGAUCUGAUCCAUAGAACAUCUCAGGGAGUCCAACAGGGUCAAGUUUGGAUUGGAGCCCGUGUCACUGGUUUGGGUUUCAAGAAAUGUUUCUCCUGGGUUGAUGGAAGCAAGUGGGAUUUUACUAAUUGGGCACCUGGCCAGCCUAAAAUAUUUGGGGGAAGAUGUGUGGCCUUGUGCGUCACAGAUGGCACUUGGCGAAGAGUUAAAUGUUGGCGGAAGCUGCCCUUUGCCUGCUUUGCCUGAACCAGGUUAAUGUAUGGAGUUUCCAAUGACUUCCACAGAGAAUCCUCUGCAGACUCUGUUCUGUCAGUUCCCUAUCUUCCCCUUCCUGAGAUUCCAGUUCUUCAUUUGCAAUAAACCAGAGUUCUUGAAAUAAGAAA